GAUGGAGAAUCAGAGCGAAGACAGGAAACAGGAAGCCGGGAACGGGAAGACUCCCUUAACAUCAAGACAGGUGGUUUGUUUGGCUGCAGUUGGCGGCACGAACUUCCUUAACGGCAUGAUGUCCGGGUGGACUGCAGUCCUGCCAAAGCUCCAGGAGGACACCAGCAGGUUCACGGUGACUGAGGACGAUGUAUCUUGGCUUGUAUCCCUGACGUUCAUUAUGGGCUUCGUGAUCUCCCCUCUGGCGGGUUCUGUAGCGGAAUACAUAGGACCGCGGCGUCUGCUAGUCAUUACGAUGAUCCCUGUGGCUGGGUUCUGGCUCCUGCAAGCAUUCAGUCCCUACCUGUGGCUCCUGUACCUCGGCAGAGCCCUCCUGGCGUCAACUGCUGCGGUGAUGUACACGGUGGUGCAGCCCUUGGUAGCGGAGUUGUGCCCCCCAAGGAUCAGGGGUCUGGCUUCGGUCUUGCCAGAGCUAUUCGGCUGCGUUGGAUUGCUAGCGUCCUACCUUCUGGCUUCUCUGCUGCCCUGGGACAUGGCUACUGCUGUUGCCGCUGCUCCCUUCUUGCCCUUAUCGCUGAUGAUACUGCUUGUACCAGAGUCUCCUUAUUGGUUAGUGAGAAAGAAAAAGAUCGACGCAGCUGAGAGAUCUUUGAGACUUCUUUUGGGUCGUGACGGCAAUGUCGCUGAAGAACUACAGGCAAUUAGGAGCACGACGACCCUCAGGCAGAGCGAAGUCAAAGACCAGGCGAGGGAGCUUCGCAAGGCCCACAACGCCAUCCCAGUGGUGUUAAUGCUAAGUGUGUUCGUCCUGAGAGAACUCGGAGGCAAAGGGCCGGUGUUCAACUAUACAGUGUAUGUGUUCCGUCGAGCAGGAGCACAGUUAGAUGCUUUCUACUGCACAGUGUUCGUUGGUGUUGCUCGCCUGGCUAGCACUUGUGUUUCUGCUUGCACUCUGGACCUGGUGGGUCGCAAGCCCCUCCUUGUGGCGACAUCAGUCAUCUGCGCAGUGUCGGAGGGCGUCGCCGGAGCCUUCCUCUUCCUGGAGGUGGAGGGGGCCGCAUGGGUCCCCCUGGCGUCCGUGAUAGUGUUCGUGAUCAGUUAUGGUAUCGGUCUGGGACCCAUUCCGUGGGCCUAUCUUGGCGAGCUCCUACCAACACCCGUCAGGUCUGUUGGAGCUGCUAUGAUCACUUUUGGUUAUUCAGUAACUUACUUUGCCGUAAACUUCGUGUUUUUGAAAGUGAUAUCAUCCCUUGGUCUCGGGCUGACACUGCUUGUAUUCGGAACGUCGAACUUGAUCAUCGGUUUAUUAGUCCUGUUUUUCGUGCCCGAGACCAAGGGUCGGACUCUGCAAGACAUGGAAAAGGCCUUCCUAUCCAAAAAAGUCGUACAAGUGCGAAGUAACCCAUUGGAUCAUGGCAGAGCGCCGGCAGAAUCAGGCAAGUCAAGAGACAAAGGGGACCCUCCGAUCGCCUUUGGUCGCCGAAACGAAGCAGCCGAGGCAGCGAGAACCACAGGAAGAAAGGAAGAAAACGAAGGCAAACCCGAGAUGGCCUUGUUGCCAGCCACUUGAGGAUUCCAAAACCUUUCAGACUGAAGUAGCAUGAGUGUGAGCAACCUUUAAUUAAUUUU